CCCCCGCCGCCCGGGGCACCUCGCGGUCGCAAAGCGAGCAAAUUAAUAAAUAAAUAACCGCCCGGGCCGAGCCCGCCCCCCGGGGCCCGGGGAGGUCUCGCGGGCUCUCGCGAAGGGUUAACGCGUCCCGAUCGCACGAGGGGGAGGAGAUUCCCCGCAGCCGAGUGAAAAGCGGGCGAUGGCCCGGCGUGCGGGCACUAAGACCGCCAGGCUCGGCCCCGCGCGGUGCAGGCAGGCGAGCGCGCGCAGCACGCACAGAGCGCACGCGGCGACUCCGAAGCGCGGCCCCGAUGAACAUGUCAGUGCUGGCGCUGCAGGAGUACGAGUUCGAGAAGCAGUUCAACGAGCAUGAAGCCAUCCAGUGGAUGCAGGAGAACUGGAAGAAAUCGUUCCUGUUUUCCGCCCUGUACGCUGCCUGCAUCUUCGGCGGUCGGCACCUGAUGAACAAGCGGGACAAGUUUGAGCUGAGGAAGCCCUUGGUCCUCUGGUCACUCAGCCUCGCGGUCUUCAGCAUCUUCGGUGCUCUUCGAACUGGUGCCUACAUGCUCUACAUCCUGAUGACCAAAGGCCUGAAGCAGUCCGUGUGCGACCAGAGCUUCUACUACGGGCCCGUCAGCAAGUUCUGGGCGUACGCCUUCGUGCUGAGCAAGGCGCCCGAGCUCGGCGACACCAUCUUCAUCGUCCUGCGGAAGCAGAAGCUGAUCUUCCUGCACUGGUACCACCACAUCACUGUGCUCCUGUACUCCUGGUACUCCUACAAGGACAUGGUGGCGGGCGGCGGCUGGUUCAUGACCAUGAACUACAGCGUGCACGCCGUGAUGUACUCCUACUACGCGCUGCGCGCCGCGGGCUUCCGCGUGUCCCGCAAGUUCGCCAUGUUCAUCACGGUCUCCCAGAUCCUGCAGAUGCUCGUGGGCUGCGUGGUCAACUACCUGGUCUUCCACUGGAUGCAGAGCGACCAGUGCCACUCGCACUUCCAGAACGUCUUCUGGUCCUCGCUCAUGUACCUCAGCUACCUGCUGCUCUUCUGCCACUUCUUCUUCGAGGCCUACAUCGGCAAGGUGAAGGCGGCCCGCAAGGCGGAGUAGGCGGGGGGCCCCCGCCGAGGCCGCCGCCGCAGCUCAGGGUCACCCCGAAACACGACCGGCACGAGAGACACGGCACACGGAACCCACCACGGAAGCCCGGGGGGUGGACGCGGAACCCCAGGCGGCCGGGGCCGGGGGCGGGGGCGGGGAGGGGGGGUAGGUUGGCUGAGCCCAGUAAGUUGAUGACCCUGUCCGGGUGAGGACUCGCUGUGGAGACCACCUCCGCCCCCAGAGACUGCGGCCCCGCGGGCCCCGCCCUCUCCGCCAGCGCUAGGACACCAGAGAACAGAGCGAGCAGACGCGGAGAGAGCCGGAAGGCCCCCCCAGCCGGGAACACUCUAUGGAAAGAAAAGAAAGGAAAAAAAAAUGUAUUUACUAAGUGUUCUAUUUCUCUGAGGAUCAAAGAAGUUUACUUAAAACUGCGAGCACAUACGCACACGCAGACGCCCGCACGCACACACACACACUCACACACAGACAUGCACACGCGCACACACACACAGUCCUUUCUGAUGCUCUUCGACACGAAACCGGAGCCAGGAGCCAAGAUGCGACACGGAAGUGGGGACAGGGUGCAGGUGUAGACGGAUCACGCUCUCACCGGAACGCAAGCCUUCUCACGGCCACGUGGGCCCCGUCCCCCCGAGCGUCCCCCACCCCGUGAGCAUCGCUCUCGGUGUCCCGGGGCCACGGGAAGGAAGGACGCGCGGCCCGGGCCCUGGGUCAGCGCGGACCAGGCCUGGGUCCAGGCGGGCAGGGAGGCCACCCGGCCCCACGUGCUCAGACCCACCCCCUCCCCCCCCCGGCGGAAGCCUGUGGCACAGUCCAUAUUUUCUAUAUUUUUGUGAAUCUCAAAAGAAACCCGCAGGGCCCUCCUGGUCUGGGGUGAACACUGUGUUUCCUGCCCCCUGCGCCCGCCGCGGGCAGGGGUGCUGAAGUGCCCUCUACUGGCCAAGUGGAGAUACUCCGACAAACGCCUCUUGGCGAGUUGGGUUGCGACAAUUGGCGACAAAGGGCCCCUUCCUCGACUAUUCUCCACAGUAGAAAACACUCGUCCUCCUUUUUUUUUUUUUUUCUUCUCCUUUUUUGGGCCAAAUCAGAAGACAUAUCUUCUCGCUUCAAAAGGGAUUUUGUUUUGCUCUAGAACUCAGAUAAAUUUAUUAAGAGCCAUAUUCUUUAAGGAAAAAAAGAAAAAGCUAGAUAAUAUUACAUGUGAUAUUUCAAUCCUUUACAAGCCAAAUGUGUAAAUGUUCCUAGUAUUUCAAAAAAAAAAGGUAAUUACGUCAAGUUGUUCAAUGUGAUAUACUAGUAUUCUAAUUGGUUUCGUAGCUUAAUGAUUAGACAAACUAGGUGAAAAGUUGUAGGGGCUUCACGACACCGCCUAGAUUAUCCAUGCAUAGCCGCAGACGCACGUGGAUGGGGCACGCUGACCUUCAAAGCCCAAGUGAAUAGAAACCUAUUUUCUGAUUAGCAGAAAAAAAGAAAAAAAGAUACUGUUGUUUAAAAAAAAAAAAUCUUAUUUGCUUUAUUUGAAAGUGUACAGAAAAGGGAUUUUUUCAAAAUUAUUUUUAUAUUAUUUUAGCUUUACUCAGAUGCUGUCAUUCAUGAGACAGGGCCGCUCGGCCUCUCUGCCGGAGAUGACACAGGCUUUGUCUGCAUCUCGUCCAUGUGUGGAACCUGAGAGAAUAAAGCUGUAUUCCAUUCUGUG